AUCUCAUCUAAUCCAAAUAACUCUUUUCCCCCUUUAAUUUCGUGCUGUGUUUUCUUUAACCAAACAAAAAGCAAUCCAAGCCAAAGCCCAAGGAAGAGAGAGAGAGAGAGAGAGGGGCAUCCGAAUAAUCCGCGAGAGAGCCACUUGUAUAUUCCCUCUUUCUUCUUCUCCUUCUUCUUCUGUUCCCUUCCCCCUUCUCCGACCGUCUUCCUUCCUCCACCCUUUUUUGACCAACCGGAAGUCAACCUCAAUUCCUCCCCUUCCCUCCGUCUCCUCCUCCGCCUCCUUCCGCCGCUCAGGUACGCUCUUCCGAUCCAUCGCCUCCGAUUUCCCUGUAAUCAUCCGUCUCCUUCUGCUACCAAUCCUCUCUCUCUCUUCUCCCUUUGUUUCGCCGCUUCCUGUUUGAAUUCGCAUGUAUCAUCUAUCGCUUUUUCCUGCGUUCAUCGCCUUGCUUUUUGCGCUUAAUCGGGAGGAUAUCGUUGGGGCUAAGGCUCGGAGCGUCUGGCGUUCGUUUUGAUGAGCUCUGAUGCUUCCGAUUGCAUUAAUUUCGCCCGAUACUUAUGAUACAGAUCCUACCGUGAGGUUGGGGAAACGCUGGGAUUCGGUUUCCGUUCGUCUGUAUCUGUGUAGCCGGAUAAUGGAUGCUGAUUGCUAAGAUGUACAUAUUUUCGAUCCAAUUUCGCUUGCGGUAGGGGAGAAGAGAGAAGAAGGGGCGGGGGUUGGGGCUGAAGGAGUUGAGAGUGCGUUAAAUUGUUCCGAGUUGAUUUCUACCAUGAUGAUUAAUGGAUUUGGCAAUGCGAUGAACUGUGUCUAGCUCUCUGUGUGUUUUUGCGAGGGACUUGUGAAGGGCUUGCAUGCAUGUGCGAAUUAGAUUGUACCGCGGAGCUGUGAAUUCGUGCUAACUGUGAGGCUGGGGACUCGUUGCUUGUGAAGCAUUUAUGGUAAAAAUUUAGGUACAGAAGGAAGAACUAUGUGCUGUGGUUAAUGCGUUUGUUGUUUGACAGACGGAUUAAACUUAGGGCGAAGUUCCUGUUCAAGAUAUUCUCUCUAUGGAAUCUAGCUGAUUUCCUUACUUGGACGUGUUAAGCUUCUCUGGUUGUAAUUCAUGCAAGGUGGAUGCUAUCGCUUCUCUAAUUUCAUCCAGCAGGAUCUAGCGAAUGGUUUCUUCCCGAGUCGAACACAUUUAGAAUCAUUCAGGGAUCCUUUUUUCAGAUUUUUUGAGAUUUUAUCAUUCUGAGCCUUAUGGUUCUUGAUAAGCUCUGCAAGAUAAAUAGUCCGAAUUCGUUUAGAGUUCUAGCAAACUGUGAAAUUUACAAUAAAUGAAUGCUCUGCUCCCAAAGUGUCUCUUCGUUUCUUGCUUUUGAAAUACAUCAGAUAUAGGAACAUGAUUUGGUGAUUAGUUGUUGUAAUAAAACACGAGGGGACUGAAAAGCAUACGAGCCUGCUUCACGAAGCAAAUGAAUUGGAACUAUCAAGUGUGCUAUGAAUUUCCCCUGGAUGCCUCUCUUUAUUUCUCUAAUUGGACAUCCAUCUAGAGAGCCUUGACUGUGUCUUUAGAGAUCGUCACAUCCUAAGAUCUUAGUUGUUGAUAAGUUUUCAUCCUUAUGUUUAGUUUAUAUGUCAUGAUUAAUAUAGCAAUAUUUGUGCAUUCAAAGUAACAACAAGCAUCAUCCUCCAUACAUGCAAUAAUUAGCUUUAUUAUAUGGUUUUCCUCUUGCUUGUAGGUUGGAUUGCAUUGAGCAUCAGACUUGAAGACAUCAGUUUAUGUGAAGGCCAAUGGGGGACAGACAUUUCUCAAACACAUCAAAUUUCUUUGAGAGAGAUCGGGGGUGGGGCGAAAGAGAUGUAGCUGCUGGAAGGUCCUUUUUAUAUGCAGGAAGGGCUGUCACUCCUGAAAGCGUUUCUUAUCUAUACCCAUCUGGUAACAUCCUGACAAGUGGACUCAACUGUGCUUCUCAGCACACCUGGGGAAGCGGAUCAGUGGAACAUUCGUCGACAAAUAGGUUAGAAGGUGGUCCUCAAGUUCAUGGUCACCAUUCUGCCUCGUAUGAUACCUUGCCUCAGUUUGCAAGUGAGGGAAGCUUUCCCCUAGAACCUGAGGUCAAUGCUACUAGUGCCUCCAAUCAUUACAAUGGCCAGAUUAUGCAUGAUAACAAUGGUGGUUUGGUAGAUUAUUCGAUGACCACAGGGAGGGGCCGUUUCAAAAGGAAAAUUCCUAGCUUUAUUCCACCCUGCGAAUCAGGUAGCACUCCAGUAUUUUAUGGUGCAGGAAGUUCCUCCUCCCAGCCCAAUGGGAUUCAGCUGGGUAGUACACCUUUCCCUUCCAACUCGUUUCACUUGCCUCCUCCGCAUGGCGGUGGCAGUUUGACAAUUGGAGGUGAAGACUCUGGGAGUAACCCGAGAAGCAGAGCUAUGGUUGAUUCGGAGCCUAACCCAAGGAUAAGCUAUAUUCAAAAUUAUACCCCUGCGCCAAAUGGUUCAACCUCUCACCUGCCGAACCACGGGGCAAUAAACAUCCAUAGUAUUAACAGCAAUGCACCUGCUUAUGGACAGAAUCAUAUUGGCAUUUCUCCUCCCGCCCGUGGGGGAUUUCAGCAAAUAUCAGCAAAUAACGCCAUGGGCAUAGAGAUGAAUCCAUAUUAUGCUGGAGGGAGUGCAGCAGAUGCUAGUAGGUACCAGCACCACCUCCAUGAAUCCAUCUUGAGCAGAAAUCCCAUAUCACCUCCCCAGUACUUUCAUGGUCUACAUGCCCUUGCUGUAAAUGAGGAUCAUGCUAACUACUUUCAAGGAGCCAUACCUUCUUCCCAGAGGACGGAUGUAAUAUCCUUGCACUCGGGGCAAGGAGCAGCAACAGCAGCAAUUUCGGGAAUGAGUCAUCAGCCAGUUGUUCCAGAAAGUUAUCCUUCGAGAUUUGCAAGACCCUUUUUAGCCAGAGGCUGGCAUCACAACAACCAUAGGGAAGGAAGGUCCAGCAGGAUGCUUGAGAGAUUGCACUCACGCACAAAUGCUGUGGAUGCACAAGACAGAAUGGGGGGCGAGGCUUUCAUGAUGUUUGAUGGCUCACAUUUAUAUGGCUCCAGAAACAUGUAUGAUCAAUAUGGGGACAUGAGGCUAGAUGUGGACAACAUGAGCUAUGAGGAGCUACUUGCCUUAGGAGAUAGCAUAGGAAACGUCAACACCGGUGUACCUGAAAACAUGGUAUCGGAAUGCUUGUUGGAGAAGAAGUACUCGAGUUCAGACAAAAACCUAGAAGAGAACUGUUCUAUCUGCCUUGAAGAGUACAAGAAAACGAGCAGGAUUGGGAAGUUGAAAAAAUGUGGGCACAAUUAUCACAUAGGCUGCAUCAAGAAGUGGUUGUCUAUGAAGAACUCCUGCCCCAUCUGCAAAGGACCAGCAGCCCAUCUACCCGGUUCGGAUCAAGAAUGACAUCAUGUCCCGGUCUCGUGCAGAGAGAAUAAUCCUUCUUAUCUUAGUAAUUGUUUGUAAAUAUUUUGCACAGACAGAUAUGGGGAUUUGAAAAUCAACUCUUUCCUCUCCUCGGUCCAUAUUUCGAUUACAUUCUUGAACAGAACAGUAUCCCGCUUGUAUAUGUAGUAGAUAUGUACUGAAAACGGGUCCGAAAAGUUAUUCCAGAGCUUUUUUUAACCUUCUCCUGGGACAACUGCUGCUGCUGCUGCUGUCCAGCAGCCACUAGACCCCAACAAGAAGCAUGUUUUUUAGUUGUUGUGUUGAUGGCAGUUUAUUGUAAGUAAACAUGUUUGAUUUCCCGUUGUACAAGAUAGAAGGGUUCCGCGUUGAUAUUUGGUAGAUGUACAGUGUCUCUCUCUUUUAUUUUGUGCAAAAUUACAAGCGGGGAGAAUGUUGAAUCAAUUUGCAGGAAACGUAAUCGAAAGACGAGACAAGAAGGCACACAUGAUUUGAAGAAUUACAGAAUCAUUUUCACAAAUCAAAAUGCUCAUCGUAA